UCCCAAGGACACAAGUGCCUGAUUGCUCUAGCCCAGCGCUGUGAAAGCCUCAUCCCAGUGCUGCUUACAGCAGCGAAGACUGUGCUGGGUGAGAAUUAGCUGUAGAGCAGGCUCUGUUACUGAACUUUCUAUGUGUAACCAUGAUCAGAAGCCCAGGGUUUUCCAGCUAUUUGGGAGCUUUCAAGUUCUCUGAGAAACAAGAUUUCAAAAAGAAAAACUUAAGCUUUAUUGGAUUCCCACAUCAAAGGAAAGUUCUAAGCUUUCAGAAAGAGUUCUUGCUUGAAGACAAAGAACAACUUACUACCUGUGAAAGAAGAAUCAAUGCUAAGCUUUUAACUGCACUUCCUAACGUUGCAGAAUUAAGAAAAAUCUUUGAACCAAAGAGGACAGACUUUUUAGAAAUGAAAAGAAAAGAAAGAAUCGCCAGGCGCUUAGAAGGAAUUGAAACGGACACCCAGCCCAUCCUCUUGCAGAGUUGCACAGGGCUAGUGACUCACCGGCUGUUGGAGGAAGACACACCCAGAUACAUGCGAGCCACAGACCCGGCCAGCCCCCACAUCGGCCGAUCAAAUGAAGAGGAAGAAACUGCUGAUUCUUCUUUAGAAAAACAAACUCGACCUAAACACUGUACAGAAACUUCAGGUGUCCAUGGUGACUCAUCCUAUAGUUCAGGUAUGGACACCCAGGGUCUUGAAUCCAAAGCUGAGAGGAUCGCAAGGUAUAAAGCAGAGAGGAGACGGCAACUGGCAGAAAAGUAUGGACUAACUCUGGAUUCUGAAGCAGACUCUGAACCUUUAUCUCGAUUUACGAAGUCCAGGAGGGAGCCAGAUGCUGUUGAGAAAAGGGGAGGAAAAAGUGACAGGUCGGCUGAGUCAAGCAAAGAUUUCAGUUCUCUGUACUCCAGAACUGAGAUGUCAGGGCUCAGGACCUGCGUGGCUGAAUCCCAGGACUAUGCCCUCCACGCCAGGGAUGGUGUUUCCAACACGGAGGUGCUGCUCAACAUGGAAAACCAAAGACGAGGUCAAGAGCCAAGUGCCAUUGGGCAGCAGGUCCGAGACCUGCCCCCCACAGUUGAGAGUUCCUCAUCCUUCCCAUUUUCCGGGCAAGACUGCUCCUUCAGUGAAGUGCCAAGGUCCCCAAAGCAAAUGCACAGCGUGCCCCUCUCCUCAGCUGGGCAGCCAGCUUCCCCAAGCCACUCUGGUGACCCACCACUUCCUGCUGAGGCUCGAUCCAGUACGGGGAAACUCAAACAUGAGUGGUUUCUCCAGAAAGAUUCCGAAGGGGACACACCUUCACUUAUCAACUGGCCUUCCAGAGUUAAAGUUAGAGAAAAAUUGGUGAAAGAGGAGAGUGCUCGCAGCAGCCCUGAACUUGCCUCAGAAUCUUUAACUCACAGGAGACAUCAGCCCAUGCCAGGGCGUUACCUGUCCUUUCAGUCAGAAAACUCGGCCUUCGAUAGGGUCACGAGCAAGGCAGCCGGCUCUGCACGACGGCCAAUCCGUGGUUAUGUCCAACCAGCAGAUUCUGUGCACACUGCCAUGCUGGUGACCUCAGAAGUCCCAGAAAGUGUGUCUGAGUGCAGCUGGGUGGGAUCAGCCACCCAGAAGGUCAUAAAGCCUCCCACCCUGAAGGUUCUCGAAGGUGAGAGAAGGGAUACCCCCAUUCUCCAUAUCUGUGAAUCACAAGCAGAAGACAUGCCCCUCACUGAAGCUCUCGAGAAAAGCAGGAAAGCACUCUUGGCUUUGGAGGAUGGUGGGCUUGAAAGAAGCCACGAGGACCCCUCUGGAAAUGAGGACUUUGAUAAACCCGCCAAUGGUACCAUCACCUUAGAACAUCAGGAGGAGCCAGAAAGUCUUUCACACCCACCUCAAGCUCAGCACCAGUUCACUGAGAGAACAGGCAGGAGCGAAAUGGUUUUGUAUGUUCAGAGCGAGCCUGUGUCCCAAGAUGCCAGAGUGACAGGUCACAAAAAAGAAGCAUCUAGGAGGAAGCACAAGGUCCUCACCCGCUCCCUGUCUGACUACACGGGCCCCCCUCAGCUCCAGGCCUUGAGGAGUAAGGAUCCAACUGUAAAAGGAGAGCCCAAGUUGCAGAGUUCCAAAGCUGAGGGGCCCCAUUCAGAGCUGAGUAUGCUGGACACCAAGGUCUCUGUCGCCCAGCUCCGAAGUGCAUUUCUGGAGUCUGCCAGUGCCAGCAAGAAACCUGAACUCCAAUCGCGGUUUGAGAGGUCAACCAAAGGAGUUGGCUUGCCUACCAGUGUGGAACGGGAGAGAGGAUCCCGGAAACCACGACGCUAUUUUUCUCCUGGUGAAAGUAGAAAAACUUCUGAGAGAUUUAGAACUCAACCUAUAACAUCAGCAGAACGAAAGGAAUCGGAUAGGUCUACUUCAAAUUCAGAAAUGCCAACUGCUGAGGAUGAAGAAAAGGUAGAUGAACGAGCCAAGCUGAGUGUUGCUGCCAAGAGGCUGCUUUUCAGGGAAAUGGAAAAGUCAUUUGAUGAGAAAAAUGUUCCAAAACGAUGUUCAAGAAAUGCAGCCGUAGAGCAAAGGCUGCGACGUCUACAGGACAGAUCCCACACCCAGCCCGUGACGACUGAGGAGGUGGUCAUCGCAGCCACAUUACAGGCAUCUGCUCACCAAAAGGCUUUAGCCAGAGACCAGGCAAAUGAGGGCAAAGAUUCUGCUGAACAAGGUGAACCUGAUUCCUCCACUCUAAGCUUGGCAGAGAAGUUGGCCUUGUUUAACAAAUUGUCCCAGCCAGUUUCAAAAGCUAUUUCUACCCGAAACAGAAUAGACACGAGACAGAGGAGAAUUAAUGCUCGCUAUCAAACUCAGCCAGUCACGCUUGGAGAGGUGGAACAGGUGCAAAGUGGAAAGCUCAUUCCUUUCUCACCCACUGUUAACACAUCUGUGUCCACCAUGGCAUCUACAGUCACUCCGAUGUAUGCAGGGGACCUUCGGACAAAGCCAUCCGUGGAUGACAACACAAGUGCCACUGACUAUAAGUUUCCUUCUUCGAUAGAAAAUUUAGACUCUCCAGUUAGAAGCACUCUGAAGCCCCAAUCCUGUCAGCCUUCAGUAGAGGGCAGUGGGAGCAAAGGUAUGUUGAGAGAGUUUGGAGAGACAGAAAGCAAGAGAGUCUUGACAGGUAGAGAUGGUGGUGUUAAAAAGUACGGGUCCUUUGAGGAAGCAGAGCCAUCCUACCCCAUCCUCAACCGAGUCUGGAAAGGAGACAGCCAUAAAGAACCUAAGUAUGAUGUUCCGAGAAAGGGAAGCCUGGAGCUAGCUAAUGCUCCCAUCGCCCACCUUGGCGAUGAGGACUUUUCCACUGCCAAAAGCACCGCACAAGAGAUCCCAGACUUGAAGGAUAGGCAGCCUUUUGAAGAGAAGGUGGACAUGGAGAACGUCACAAAGAGGAAGUUUUCACUGAGAACGGCUGAGUUCGGGGAGCCCACUUCUGAGCAGAUGGGCACAGUUGCUGGGAACACUGUUGCUCAGGCUGCAGCCCCAGGGUCUUGGAAGCAGCAGGAGCCCACAGAGCUACCACAGGAGAAGCACUAUAAGAAUCCAUGUGCGAUGUUUGCUGCUGGAGAGAGCAAAACGCCAACAGUGGAGGGCAGCCUUGAUUCACCCAGCAAAACUAUGUCAAUUAAAGAAAGAUUAGCGCUGCUGAAGAAGAGUGGGGAGGAAGAUUGGAAAAAUAGACUUACCAGAAAGCAGGAGUACAGCAAAGCAACUGUUAUGAGCAGCCUGCACACACAAGAAGUGGAACAGUCGCUCAAGAAGAAGGAACCUGUAUAUGCUUCUACUUAUUCUCCUGCUAUACCUGCUGCCCAUAAACACCUGUCUUUUGUACCUAUUAAUCAGCAGGUCACAGAAAGUCGAGAGAGCCAAAUGACUAUCGAAGAGAGGAAGCACCUCAUUACUGUGAGAGAGGAAGCGUGGAAGACAAAAGGCAAAGGAGCAGCUAACGACUCCACCCAGUUCACAGUGGCCGGGAGAAUGGUGAAGAAAGGUUUGGCAUCACCCACUGCUAUAACACCAGUAGCAUCCCCUAUUUGCAGUAAAACAAGGGGCACGACACCCAUUUCCAAACCUCUGGAAGAUAUCGAAGCCAGACCAGACAUGCAGUUAGAAUCAGACCUGAAGUUGGACAGGCUGGAAAGCUUUCUGAGAAGGCUGAAUAACAAAGUUGGUGGGAUGCAAGAAACUGUACUCACCGUCACCGGCAAAUCUGUUAAGGAGGUGAUGAAGUUGGACGAUGACGAAACCUUUGCCAAAUUCUACCGCAGCAUGGACGAUACUGUGCCAAGGAGUCCUGUGGAGCUAGAAGAAGACUUUGAUGUUAUUUUUGACCCUUAUGCCCCCAAGUUGACAUCUUCAGUGGCCGAGCACAAGCGUGCAGUUAGGCCCAAGCGCCGGGUUCAGGCUUCCAAAAAUCCCCUGAAAAUGCUGGCAGCAAGAGAAGACCUCCUUCAGGAAUACACUGAGCAGAGACUGAAUGUCGCCUUCAUGGAGUCAAAGCGGAUGAAAGUAGAAAAGAUGUCCUCCAACUCCAACUUCUCAGAAGUCACCCUGGCAGGUUUAGCCAGUAAAGAAAACUUUAGCAGCGUCAGCCUGCGAAGCGUCAACCUGACGGAACAAAAUUCUAACAACAGCGCAGUGCCCUACAAGAAGCUGAUGCUGUUGCAGAUCAAAGGAAGAAGACAUGUGCAGACAAGAUUGGUGGAACCUCGAGCUUCAUCACUCAACAGUGGGGACUGCUUCCUCCUGCUCUCUCCCCAUUACUGCUUCCUGUGGGUAGGAGAGUUUGCAAAUGUCAUAGAAAAGGCAAAGGCCUCAGAACUUGCAACUUUAAUACAGACAAAGAGGGAACUUGGUUGUAGAGCUACUUAUAUCCAAACUAUUGAAGAAGGAAUUAAUACACACACUCAUGCAGCCAAAGAUUUCUGGAAGCUUCUGGGUGGCCAAACCAGUUACCAAUCUGCUGGAGACCCAAAGGAAGAUGAACUGUAUGAAACAGCUAUAAUAGAAACAAACUGCACUUACCGUCUGAUGGAUGACAAGCUUGUUCCUGAUGAUGACUUCUGGGGGAAAAUCCCAAAGUGCUCCCUUCUGCAAUCAAAAGAGGUACUGGUGUUUGAUUUUGGUAGUGAAGUUUACGUGUGGCACGGGAAAGAAGUUACAUUGGCACAACGGAAAAUAGCAUUUCAGCUGGCAAAGCACUUAUGGAAUGGAACCUUUGACUAUGAGAAUUGUGACAUUAACCCACUGGAUCCUGGAGAAUGCAAUCCACUUAUUCCCAGGAAAGGACAGGGGCGGCCUGAUUGGGCAAUAUUUGGGAGACUUACAGAACACAAUGAGACUAUUUUGUUCAAAGAGAAAUUUCUCGAUUGGACCGAAAUGAAGAGACCUAAUGAGAAGAAUGUCGGUGAACUUGCCCAGCAGAAGGAAGAUUCUAGGGCUGAAGUCAAGCCAUAUGACGUGACCCGGAUGGUGCCAGUGCCCCAGACAACAGCUGGCACUGUGUUAGAUGGGGUGAACGUGGGCCGUGGCUAUGGCUUGGUGGAAGGGGAUGACAGGAGGCAGUUUGAGAUUGCCAGUGUCUCUGUGGAUGUCUGGCAUAUCCUCGAAUUCGACUAUAGCAGGCUCCCCAAACAGAGCAUUGGGCAGUUCCAUGAAGGGGAUGCCUAUGUGGUCAAGUGGAAGUACAUGGUGAGCACCACAGUGGGGAGUCGGCAGAAGGGAGAGCACUCCAUAAGGGUGGCUGGCAAAGAGAAGUGCGUCUACUUCUUCUGGCAAGGCCGGCAGUCCACCGUGAGUGAGAAGGGCACGUCAGCUCUGAUGACAGUGGAGCUGGAUGAAGAGAGGGGUGCCCAGGUCCAGGUUCUCCAGGGAAAAGAGCCCCCCUGUUUCCUGCAGUGUUUCCAAGGGGGGAUGGUGGUGCACUCCGGGAGACGGGAAGAGGAGGAAGAAAAUGCACAAAGUGAGUGGAGGCUGUACUGUGUGCGAGGAGAAGUGCCCAUGGAAGGAAAUUUGCUGGAAGUGGCCUGUCACUGUAGUAGCUUGAGGUCCAGGACGUCCAUGGUUGUUCUCAACGUAAAUAAAGCCCUCAUUUACCUGUGGCAUGGAUGCAAAGCCCAAGCCCACACAAAAGAGGUUGGAAGGACUGCAGCAAACAAAAUCAAAGAACAAUGCCCCUUGGAAGCAGGACUGCAUAGUAGCAGCAAAGUGACAAUACAUGAGUGUGAUGAAGGCUCUGAGCCCCUGGGAUUCUGGGACGCAUUAGGAAGGAGAGAUAGGAAAGCCUACGACUGCAUGCUUCAAGAUCCUGGAAAUUUUAACUUCACACCCCGCCUGUUCAUCCUCAGCAGUUCCUCUGGGGAUUUCACAGCCACGGAAUUCAUGUAUCCUGCCCGAGACCCCUCUGUGGUCAAUUCCAUGCCCUUCCUGCAGGAAGAUCUGUAUAGUGCACCACAGCCAGCACUUUUCCUUGUUGACAAUCACCAUGAGGUGUACCUCUGGCAAGGCUGGUGGCCCAUUGAGAACAAGAUCACCGGUUCCGCCCGCAUUCGCUGGGCCUCCGACAGAAAGAGCGCCAUGGAGACCGUGCUCCAGUACUGCAGAGGAAAAAAUAUCAAGAAGCCGCCACCCAAAUCUUACCUGAUCCACGCAGGUCUGGAGCCCCUGACGUUCACCAAUAUGUUUCCCAGUUGGGAACACAGAGAGGACAUUGCUGAGAUAACAGAAAUGGAUACAGAAGUUUCGAAUCAAAUCACCCUUGUGGAAGACGUGUUAGCCAAGCUCUGUAAAACCAUUUAUCCACUGGCUGAUCUCCUAGCCAGGCCACUGCCUGAGGGAGUGGACCCUCUAAAGCUUGAGAUUUAUCUCACUGAUGAAGACUUUGAGUUUGCACUAGACAUGACAAGAGAGGAAUUCAGUGCACUGCCCGCCUGGAAGCAGGUGAACCUGAAGAAAGCAAAAGGCCUGUUCUGAGUGGAGAGAUGCUGGUGGAACCUGUUGUCACUUUCAAUACCACUGGACCAAGAAAAUGGAUAUUUUUUUGGACUGGUAUUUUAAAAAAUAUUUUUUAAUCAGAGGUUUCAAAACCUGAAGUUAUUAGCUCUACUGCUUGUCCUGGAGUUGUGUACUUUGUAAAUGUUUAAGAGAACUCUUCUGGAACUCUCUUUCCGCAAUUCAGCAGGUAUCAUUAAUAAAAACCCCGUAGGUGCAGCUUAGCAGCCGCUCCUUAGUGGCUGCUACAGCACUGCCCUCCUGUUCCAGCUCCGCAUUGCCGAUUUUUUUUAAGCAGUUCUCUUUAUAAAGUGUUAUUUUGAUAGCUUGUGGAUUCUAAAAUAUAUAUAUUUAUAUAAACACCAUAUAAAUCAAAUAUGUAUUUAACAAAGCAAUAUGUAUUCAUUCACUUUUAAGAUUUUGGGGGGUGUCAAAGUAAUAUUAAAAGGUAGAUGGAGUUGCUUCUGUGGAAUUAGCUCUGUGGCCAAUACGUGUCUUCACCAUGUUUGGAACAUCUUCUUCAACAUUAGGUCUUACUUGUUCUGAGUGCUGCUUCCGGUGCUAAAAUGAACAGAAAAUGUGCACUUCCUGGUAUGGAAUCAGUGCAAGUUCACCUUUCUACCUUAAUAUCUCCCCAAAAUGUAUAGUGCCUUGUUUUUAUGUACAGUUUAUAUACAUACAAGUUUGCUCUGCAUUUUUUGAUUAUGGUUUGGAACAUUAUCUACAAUUUUACUCUAAAAUAGUAGAAAUAAAAAACAUCUUAAUUUCUAAUGCCUAUUGUAAACAUUAAACAUGUCAUUUUGCAAUCUAGGACUCCAAAAUAAAAGCUUCAGAAUAAACACAGCAAUUUAA